AUGUUCUUUUGUACAAAAUGCAAAUUCAUCCAUAUUUUCUUCCGAUUUUAUGUUCUUUUGUACAAAAUGCAAAUUCAUCCAUAUUUUCUUCCGAUUUUAUGUUCUUUUGUACAAAAUGCAAAUUCAUCCAUAUUUUCUUCCGAUUUUAUGUUCUUUUGUACAAAAUGCAAAUUCAUCCAUAUUUUCUUCCGAUUUCAUGGCCUUUUGUACAAAAUGCAAAUUGAUCCAUAUUUUCUUCCGAUUUUAUGUUCUUUUGUACAAAAUGCAAAUUCAUCCAUAUUUUCUUCCGAUUUUAUGUUCUUUUGUACAAAAUGCAAAUUCUUUCAUAUUUUCUUCCGAUUUUCUAUUCUUUUGUACAAAAUGCAAAUUCUUUCAUAUUUUCUUCCGAUUUUCUAUUCUUUUGUACAAAAUGCAAAUUCUUUCAUAUUUUCUUUUGAUUUUGUUUUUUUUUUGUACAAAAUGCAAAUUGAUCCAUAUUUUUCUUCCGAUUUUAUGUUCUUUUUUGUAAAAAUGCAAAUUCAUUCAUAUUUUCUUCCGAUUUUAUGUUCUUUUUGUACAAAAUGCAAAUUCAUCCAUUUUUUCUUCCGAUUUUAUGUUCUUUUUGUACAAAAUGCAAAUUCUUUUCAUAUUUUCUUCUGA